AUGUCAUUACCAAAUAUAGAUGACCUAAAAAUCAACCAAAAUGAUGCUGAUCUAGUCGAUAUAACUCAAAAUGUUUUCGCCUCAGUACAACAAUUGAAAGAAAAUAAAGUGGUAAAGUCGGCCUUAUUUGAAUUGCUCGAUGGGACGAGAGCAUUGGAAGUACUAAAUCCAAGACAUGACACAGGAUUGAUUGAAUUAGAUGAUGAUGAAAUAUUUUUUGACUGUUCAAUGCCACAAACUGCAACAUCAAUUGUCAAUAUUCAAACUAAAUUACUUGCACAGCUAGUCAAUUGGUUGGAGGGACACAGCCUUUCUGAAACUGUACUUAGUUGCCGAUAUGUGCAAACAAUGUUGGAAAACUACUUUCAAGAUCCCAGUCUGGUCAAUCAUAAAUGUGCAUUUAGUCAAACCAAAUUGAAGCCACAGAGUUAUGCAAAAGAUACAAAUUACUGGUUAGUCCACCGGGUCUUGAAAGUGUUUGUAAAGGGGUUGUGUAGGUUUAUUGGGUCUGUGAGUAACCUAGCAAAAACAUUUUUAUAUGAGGAAGAAGAUUUGAUAACAAGAAGUCACGAUUUAAACUAUUUUUCAGAAGUACCACCCCAAACUGUCAUUGAUGAGAUCAAUGGGGAAUUCGAAUGGGUUUUGAGUCAUGAAAUAGAGCAUUCAGAUAUAAUCAUUAGUCAAAUGAAGUUGGUGCAGUAUCUUAAUCAAUUUGAAGUGAAGAUCACAUCUCAACAUAUAUCAUUUAUGGAGAAUAACCCACAAAUGGAACAGUUAUUUUUAUUUCGCGAAGAAGCAGUCGAUGAAAUCAACCAUAUCAGACAAUUUGAAAUGGAUGAGUCGAAUAUACCGAAAGGCGCAUUUUCCAAGUUCAUCCAAGUGGAAAUGGGCAAUACCAAUGUACCUGUUGACUUAGCUUCUGUUGCAAACACUGCAUAUUGUGAUCACUUGGCAGGAAUAUUUACUGUUGUCAAAAGGUUCGUCAACCAAGCAGCAACCAUUAAGUCAAUGAAUCAAUUACACGAUUACCUACAGUUCAAUAUCAAAUACCCCAUUGAAAACCUUUCAGUCUUUGCCCGAGGAUUGUUUCAACUUUUUUUCAUUCGUGAUGAUAAAUCCAUUUUUGGUUCUCCCAUAGAUUUGCCCCAGUUAACUGUUAAAAUAAUUGAGAAUUUAGUUGGUCCAAAUACCUCAUUCUUUAUGCCUCUUGAACCCCAAUUAUCGCAAGUCAAGGGUUCCAUAGCAGCGGAGAUUCUAGCCAAAUAUGACUCACUCAUGCAAGAUUUGGAUAGUGCCAUGUACAACAAUCAUUGCAUAUAUGGAGCCAAUCGUUGCCGAGUACAACAAUUAAUUUCAAAAAGUUUGGUAUUGUGGGACACUUUGCAAGUUGAGUGGGAAGCAUUUGAAAUCCAAAUGUUUCAGGAGUUUCAAGUGGGGGAUUUAAUCAACGACAGUGAUCCAGCAAUUACUAUCACUUCGUUCAUAUACUAUCAGAAGAUGGAAUUGAUGAUUGAAUUAUUGCUUGGGGGUGCUGGCUUGGAACUUUAUAAACCUUUUGAGUUGUAUUUAAUCUAUUGGUAUGGUGAUAUUUUAUUAGAGAAUUUGAUUCAGCAUUUAAAGUUGCGGAUCAAGAGAAUUCUUUUGGGCAAAAUGGAUGUCAUAGAGGAGAAAUUACCCAAAAAGAUCAAGAAGUUGAAGAGUGGAUCCAAGAAGGACGCCUUGAAGGAACAAUUGAAACAUGGACAGGAGGUUAUCAUACCACGAAUACUAUCCACCAUUCGUCACCAAGACUAUCUUGUUGAAUCUUUUGAGAAUUUGCAACGUUUAGUCAAUUGUUUCAAAGGGUAUUAUGGUAUUCUUUCAAAAUUGAGGCUACUUGAUUUCACUAAGGGUCCAAUGAAUAACUUGACGUCAAUGGAACAUUUAUUCUAUUUAAGGAUGAAGCCAUGGUCUUCAAUUGGUGUACCACAAUUUCCAUCUUACAACGUAUACCGAAAAGCACUUGCAACAAUACAACCCGAAUCUAAUAAUCAUGCAAAUUUAUUAAAGUGUUUAGGGUCAUUGACUAAGCUUAAAAGUGAUUUGGUAACAGUGGAGAAGCAAAUUCAAAAGCUGCUAGCUUAUGUCGCCCGUCAAAGCAACGAUUUCAUUGAAAACUCUUUGAUUCAACAAUGGUACUCUCAAUUGGCUAAAACCGCAUUGGAUUUAGGUGUGGAAAUUAGCAACUUGGGUAAGAUCCUAUCCACGAAUAAAGACGACUUGUCUAAAAUUCACCAAUGUUACCACCAUGUAAUGAAACCAGCUAAACAUAAAUAUUUCAUCCAAGUACAAGUGGAGGCAAAUGAACAGUAG